AUGGCCGCGCUGGAGCGCGCGACCGUGCUCGUCACCGGAGGCGCGGGGUACAUCGGCUCGCACACGGUGACGCAGCUCCUGACCGCGGGAUGCGUCGUGCACGUCGUGGACAACCUGGACAACUCCUCGGAGGAGUCUCUGCGGCGCGUCAGGGAGCUCGUCGGCGAGGAGAAAGCCGCGAAGCUGACUUUCCACGAGUGCGACAUCUUGGACGCGGUGAAGAUGGACAAGGCGUUCGCCGCCGCGGGGAAGGUGGACGCGGUGAUCCACUUCGCGGGAUUAAAAGCCGUGGGCGAGUCCGUGGCGAAGCCGAUGCGGUAUUACCGCAACAACAUCGUCGGCACGAUGGCGCUCGUGGACGUCAUGGAGAGGCACGGGUGCCGCAAGAUAAUCUUCUCGUCCUCCGCGACCGUGUACGGCGAGCCCGCGACGGUGCCGUGCACGGAAGAGUUCCCCACGGCGGCGUUGAAUCCGUACGGGCGAACCAAGCUCUUCGUGGAACACAUCUUGACGGACAUGCAGGCCGCGUCGCCGGAGUGGAAGGUGAUUCUUCUGAGGUACUUCAACCCCGUGGGCGCGCAUCCUUCGGGGAGGAUCGGCGAGGAUCCGAAGGGGAUCCCGAACAACCUGAUGCCGUUCAUUCAGCAGGUCGCCGUCGGACGGAGGCCGGUGCUGAGCGUGUUCGGGGACGACUACAAAACCGCGGACGGCACCGGGCGCAGAGAUUACAUCCACGUCAUGGACGUCGCGGACGGCCACGCGGCGGCGCUGACGAAAAUCGUCGACGACGCGUCGAUGCCCGACGGGUGCGUCACCGUCAACCUGGGCACGGGCAAGUCCACGUCCGUGCUCGAGCUCGUGGCCGCGUUCGCGAAGGCGUCCGGGAAAGAGAUCCCGACGAAGAUCGUGGCUCGACGGCCCGGGGACGCCGCGGAGGUGUACGCGCAGACGGAGAAGGCUAAGGAGGUUUUCGGCUGGGAGGCGAAGCUGGACAUCGAGCGGUGUUGCGUCGAUCAGUGGAAGUGGGCGAGCGCGAACCCGUACGGGUACGGCACGGAGGCGGACGCCGCGUGA